UAUAUAUAUAUAUAUGCUCCAAGUUCCAACUUACAUGUUCUUAUCUAUCUCUCAUAAGCUUGAAACGAGUCAAUUCAUGAGAAAUUAAUUGAAUUAAAUGUAUCUACCAUCGUCUCUUUUUAUUAUCAUGUUCUUCUUCCUUUCCUUGAAUGUAUGCACUGCUCGCCCUCUUGUAGUAGCUGUUGAAGAGGCUUCAAACACUACUCAGAUCAACAUUUCAAGAAAGGUGUCAGAGAAUGUCAAGAAGCAGCCAUUAGAAUUAAAUGGAAUGACAAGUGAAGGCAUUAAUGCUAAGAUCAACAACAUGGGGGCUGAAAGAGAAGAAAGUUCAGAGCACACCAUGAGAAAGGUUCAUCCCAAUAAGGCUUUAGGUUUUGUUCCAGUCAAACCAUUAGCUGUUUUAGUUUCUUGGCAUGUACCUCAUAGCAAACAUGACCAAAAUCCUGGAUUUCACUCAGAUUAUGCUAGACCUAGGACCCGUCCUCCCUCCCAUAAUUGAUUUUUUCUUUACUUUUUUUUGUCAAAGGCAAAAUAUUGAAAGAGGAUCGCAAGAUUAUUUAUAAGGAUUACCAUCAAUCGCAUAAA